AUGGAGGGUAAUGAUGCUAAUGGGUUUCCUCUGGAGCAAUGGAGAUUAUCUGUUAAGACUGUUUUAGUCCCAGAAGGUCUUAAUAUUAUUGAUGAACACCUACAGUACAUAGCCAAAAGAACUCCUAAUCUUGAACGUCUAGUACUAGAGGGCUCUUGCAGGAUAACAGAAAAAGGCUUGGCAGAAGCAAUAUGUGAUUGGAAAAAAGUUGAGCAUAUAGUUUUCCAACAAGUUAAGCAGCAAUCUGCUUUUGUUGAGGUGAUACAAGUGAUUGGUGAAAACUGCUCUGAACUUAAGACGCUACAAGUAAUCACCCCUUUUAUAACGAUGACAUAUAUAACAGUUGAUAUAGCUGAAACUUUAUGCAGAAUGAAGAACUUAGCGACCCUAGUUUUUGAGGGAGCUUGCUUGUACAGGGAGGCCAUUAAUAUGAUCUUUGAUGAGUGCCUUGAGCUGGAAACAAUUCAUAUAUGGGACUGUUUCUUAAUGGAUGAUGGUCUUCAAUAUGUACGUGAUAUGACUGCCAAUAUAAGGCUUGGUGUAAAGGAACUUGGCAGUCGGCGCUCAUGGAGAUGUGAAGCCAGUGAAAGAAGAGAGAAACCUGAUGAAGUGUUGCAUGUGCAGAAGAAAUUUAUGCAAUGGAAGAAUGGAUUAUCAGAUUUCUAUUUUGAUAUUGAGAAUGAUGAAUUCGAUUUUUUGGAUGAUGAUGAUUGGGUUUUUUCUCCUUAG